AUGCGAUUCCUUGAGUUGCACGCGUAUCUCGCCGUUGAACUUGCCUUUAAACCGCAGCGCGAUGCCAUCAAAGACUUGCUUGCACAUAAACUCUGUGGUGGUGUUCUGGCCAUUGAAUUCCUCGAUUUCGUCCAGAUUUUUGUAGUUGUAUUUGCUGAGGACGUCCUUGAGCGCGGUGGACGCCUGGCCGAUGUCUACGACCCAGUUGAGAUGGGGGACGAGACAGUCGGUUCUGAAUUCGCAGUCAACAACGUAAGUGGCUCCGUGCAUCUGUUGGGGAAUCGUUUGAUGGUAUUAGCAUCGGUUUGCAAAGCGGGAGGAGAAAGGGAUGCGACGAAAAGGGCUUACCUGCUGGGCUGGCCCGAACUCAGGGCCUUUGAAGGAGUGGGCAAUCAUGAAAGAAUCCCUGACGCAGAGAGAAUACCCCAUUGCUAG